AUGAAACGGGUGAUGGGAAAAUUUCAUUUAAAACCGGAUGUUUGGUUUCAAAAUAGAAGAGCCAAAUGGAAGAAAAGAAAGAAGACGACGAAUGUUUUUCGCACGCCCGGUGCUUUGUUACCUUCCCACGGACUGCCACCUUUUGGUGCCAUGAGCGACGGUUUAUGUUCAACAGGAAUGUUUUCCACACCCGAGACGAGAUGGGGUAUGACUUCCGGUCUCGGACAACUUAGUCAAAGUAGCGUUUCGAUGGGAGGUUAUAGUCAAUCUAUAAGCCAACUAAAUCAGAGUUCAGCUCUUAGUUCUGGUUUAAAUUCAGGGUUGCCAAUAGCAACAAGUAUGGCUUCCAAUGGAUCUUCUCUGUAUCAAACACAUUAUGGACUUAAUUCUUUAGAUUCUGUAUUUUGCGGACACGAAGCUGUAAGUCCCGGGGAUCCGCUCAACUGA